AAGGAUGCAGCCUGUGUUCAGACAACAGCCGCGGCGCUGAGGAGACACAACCGGCGUGGACCCGAGUGGACGCGGCGGCACCGACACCAGGACCUCACCGGGGACCGGAGCGACCAGAGUCCGGGCUGCAGCUCCCACCGGGCCGGACCGAACCUCCUCCUUCUUCCCCAGCGCUCCGACUGAGCGGUUCCUCCCGGGAGUGAAGAGGAGGGAGGAUGAAGAAAAGCAACCAAAGCAGACGGGGCUUGCAGGACUCCGGUCCGCUCGCCGUCCAGCAGCCGGAGAAGGCGGGUUGGAUCAGGAAGUUCUGCGGUCGAGGGAUUUUCAGGGAGCUGUGGCGGAACCGGUACCUGGUUCUAAAAGGAGAUCACCUCUACAUCUCAGACAAGGAGGUUAAAGACGAGCGUAAAGCCCAGGAAGUGUUUGACCUGGCUGAUUACGAGCGUUCAGAGGAGCUGAGGAAGGCGAAGAGUCGGAGCAAGAAGAACCACAGUCGCUUCACGUUGCUGCGCUGCAAGCAGCGAGGAAACACAGUUCCUAACCUGGUGUUUCUGGCUGUGAGUCCGGAGGAGAAGGAGUCCUGGAUCAACACGCUGAACGUGGCUAUAAUCAAGGCUAAGAACAGAGUUCUCGAUGAGGUGACCAUUGAGGAAGACAGCGCUCUGGAUCAUCUGACCAGAGAUCGGGUGAAGAUCCCUCACAGCCGCCGGCUGCCGACCAGAGGACACCUCAUGGCCGUGGCCUCCACCUCCUCCCACGGCAUGCUGACCCUUGACUUGGUUGCCGAGGAGGACGGUUUCUGCCUCGAAUAUGACGACGACGAGUCCUGGGAGGACAGCUUCCGGGUCGACCUGCAGAAAGAAGACUCUAGAGGCGGGGUCGGGGGUCGUCAGCGGGCGGGAACCGAUGUCUCGAAGCUGCGGGUGACGACCAAAGAGCCCAAAAUGAAGACAGGGAGCCUACCGAGAGGCAGCGAGCUCUCCUGGGGCAAACAGCCUCACCUGGACGCCUCGAAAGUCCAAAAGAACCAGCAAGUCCAGGUCCUUCAGGCCCAGUCUCGAACGCCGCAGCCAGGGAAGAGGUUCAGCAUGCAGGGUCGGAGUCGCUGCGCCUCCAUGGAUGAAGUCCUGUCCUCCAGACCAGCAAUGAUUCGACUCAUGAGGCAUGGCUCUUCCGCCCAGCCUGUCGGCCAGCUGCAGAGCCUCAUCGCCCAGAGGAUGCAGAGAGCCCAGGAGCUGCUGGAGGAAAUGAGGCUGCAGGAGCUGCAGAAGGCCAAAGCGGAGAGAGAGCGAGGCGGCGGCUCGACGUACCUGAAGGGGAUCAACUCUCCUCGGCUUCACCACCUCAGGGGCUCAGACUCUCCCCACUCCAGUAGAUCGUCGGGGUCUCCGAGGAGCAGGAGCAGCGACUCGCCUCGCCUGCGGGGCAAAGACUCGCCUCGCCUCAGAGGAAGAGAGUCUCCGCGAACCAAAGCCAAGAAGAACCGCUCCAAAGCUGCCGACUCGCCUCGCUCCAGAGGGUCUCACUCUCCGGCAGCUAAAGCCGCCGACUCCCCUCGCCUGAAGGAUCCGAGCGGCUCUCCUCGAUCGAAGAGCUCCGACGCUCCGAAACUGAAGGGGUCAUCGGGUUCCAGCGCCAACAGAAAGGAUUAUUCUCCUCCACAGAAGACUCCCGAGACGCCGCCAUGUUUGAAUAGAUCCAACUCCUGUCAGGCGGAGGGAUCCGGCUCGUUGCAGGGCAGCCAAACUGACUCCCCUCAUCUGGGCAUCAUUAAGGAGAACCAGCAGAAACAAAACUCCCCAGGUCUGCACAGAUCCUUCGACUCCGCCCUGCCCAAAACCCCCGACAAACUCCGCCUUUCUCCUCCUCCUCUGGAGCCGCCCGGAGAGGAUCAGGAGGUGGAGAGGCGGCGCGCCGAGGCCGAGCGGCUGCUGGAGGAGGCGGUGUCGUCCUGGAAAGAGGCGCAGGAGGUCCUGCAGGAGGUGAAGGAGCUGCAGAGCCAGACGCUGAGGCGGCAGCGCAGGAAGACCUACGAGAAGAUGACGACGUCGGCGGCGGCGGCUUUGCAGCCUGCGGCGACCGCGGCAACCGCAGCCGGAGAGGAGGACGACACUCCGACCUCCCCGACGUCACCGGAGGACGACGAGGAGUCCGAGACGCCAUGACGAGAACAAACAUCCGGCAGCGAUACUCUGCAUGCUUACACUGCAAAAACACAAAAUCUCACCAAAUUGUUUUGGUCUAGUUUCUACUGCAAAAAUCAUAUGGCUCUUGAAAUAAGACAAAACUAACUUAAAUGUAACAUUUCUGCUAGAAAUAGAGGCUUGUUUUGAGUAAAUAAUUCCUUAUAGUUGACCUACUAUGCUUCUUUGAACAGAAUAGCAUAGAUCUAUGGGUUAUACAAAAAGUUCAUUACAUGUUUUGCAUAAAAUCAUUAUCAGAUAGUUAGAUUUCAGACUGGUAAGUUUAGCCUAUUUAAAGUUCCUUUCAGUUGUUUUAGGGUUUUUUGUCACUUUAAAUCCCAAUAACCUGCUGCUGGCCACGCCCCCAAAUCUGUGUUUACACUCUCACUUUAAAAUGGCUGCAAACAGACAUGCAACCAUACAACCAUACAUCUUUGAAAAGCAGAAGUAGAGCCUCCUGCACAACCAACAACAACGCAGCAAGUGGUUUCUGGUGGUGAGUGAAGAACAAAACACUUGUCUAUUCCAGCAGCCAUUGUACAGCACAUAGAGCAAUAAAAACAGCAGACCAAACAUCCUUGACCUCAGAUUGAGAAAAAUUUGGAAAAUUUUUUAAAUGACUCAUUUUCCAGACACCAGAAAUCCCUAACCUAUUUCCAGAUACCAGGUAGGUGUUUUCUUAAGCACUUUGGCUAUUUAACUAUAUUAUCAGUAAAAAUAAUCUGCCAGUUGAACUAGAACUUUUCUAUCAAUAUUAUGGAAUUGUUUGCAUAAAAAAGCUCAGAUUUCUUGCUGAAAAGUUACUUGUAAUUUAGUUUUGUCUUAUUUCAAGUGUAAUAAGACAUUUGCUCUAGAAUCUACACCAAAAAUACUUGGUAAGAUUUUCUGUGUUUGCAGUGUAUGCACAAAACACUAACAACGUUUACACAAUUUCUACAUUGUUGAUCGUAUUUCCAAAAAUAUUUCUAAAUUUUCAUUGAUUAAGGCAACAAGAUGCAUGUGACGAAAAAUUGAUUAUUUAAAAACCAGGGAUACGUUUCGUUCCAGGGGAUUUAUUGACUUUAAUCCUGUCUGGCGCUCCGUUGUCACCGAGCAGAAACCCCCUCUCUGCUGUCAGGAGACCUCCAUCUGUGGCGAGAGCUCCACAUUUAAUUUUAAUUAACGCAGCUUUAAUGGAGAAGAGCUCCUCUUCACCUUCUCUCACGAUGCUGCACGGCUUCCUUCUUUGUCUCUGAAGAGAAAAUCCUCUCCAUUCAUUUUAAAACCAAGAUGUCAAAUAUUUUUAUGACAGUCAAUGAAGAGCACAAAAUGACUUUUUUUUUAAAAGAAACAAAAUGAACUUCCAAUUUCUGCACUGAUUUAAUACUUUAAGCUGCUUGUUUACUGAUAUAUCACUGAAUCUUCUUUGUAGCAUUUCUUUCAAAAAACGUCUUUGAAAUCGCUUGAUCGCCUGAUUUAGUUGUAGCUUAAAGGUGACCUAUUAUGCUUCCUUGAACAGUUUAGGAUAGUUUUAUGGGUAAAACCAGCUAACCAAUCGUCCUGGAGCUCCACUUGGGUUGCUAGGUGAUGAGUGGAACUCGGCUGUGGUUGCUAGGUAACGGCCCAGUGCCCAUGGAAUGUGGCUCAACAAUAAGGAGAUUUUUGAAAUGGCUCUUUUGCCAAAUACCAAAAGACAUUAACUUCUUACCAGAAAAUGGCUUGGUGGGUUUUUUUAAGCGCUUGGUGUUUUUUAAAAGCAGCAGAAACCCAAAUGGAAGUAUAAAAAUGUAUAAUAGGUCUCCUUUAAUGAGCAGCAGAUCUGCUGAAGUUUCCUUCCAGCUUAUUAUUAAUUUUCACAUAAUCUCAGUCUUUUCAAGCUACAUCCAAAAUCAGGGAGUUUCAAGUUGUAAAAGAUGAGGGAAAAAAAAGAAGCAAUAAUAACUGAUUUUUUAUUAUUAUUUGUUUGUAAUUUUAGGCUGAAAAAAGCCGCAGACCAGCUCAGAUAUUAUAAACUCUGCACUAUGGACUGAACUUCUUUGUAACAAUAUUGCUGCAACCAGCUUUUACUGUAUGAUUGAAAACUGAAAUCAGGAUUUUAUUUGCACAUUUGCUGAAUAUUUUAGGCUGAUAGUUGACUUUUUACUAAAUCCUCACAUAAUGAUUGAUUUUUUUUUUUAAAUAAUUAAUUUGUCCCUUUAAAUUAUUUCCCAUCAAAACAUUAACAAAUGUGCUUCUGUUAUAUAAAAGAUCAUUCGUUAGAUUUCAAUAUCAAGAAAAAAUCUACUGAGUUUCCAAAUAAUGGUUUUAGUUAGUUAAGGGAAGACUAACUUGAUCCUGCGUGGAAAUGUAGUGAAAACUAAUAAAUGGCCACAUUUCAUCACAAUAAAGAGAGAAAUAAAAACUUUUUUUUUUUUUACAUAAAUUCUUUUUUCUGUAAUUCUAACACAUCUUUCAAAAUCUUGAGGGUCAUAAAGAUACUUUCAAGAAAUUUUAAAAAUUUAUGAUUAUGCAACUCAUUACUACUGAAAACUAACUAUGAUGCUUGAACUAUUAUGUCACAUUUUCAAAUUUUACACUAUUGAUAUUUAAUAACGCUUGUUUAGGGAUGGAAAACUGGGUUGUCUACUAGUUCUCAGUUUUUUUCCUCUGAAUAAUAAGGUAUUUUCAUACUUCAUUUGUAAUUUUUAUGAUGCAGUUGAAGUUAAUCCAUCUAUAAACCACCCACGGAAAUUUUCAAAGACAUAGAGGCCUUGGCGACAUGAAAACAAUCUUUAUAUUUGUUGAUGUUUCGAAAAACGGUUGUUGUCUACGCUGUUGUUUCCAGAUGUUUCUUCAUCCACAGAAAAACUCUGACUUUAACACAAAAUGCUGUAGUAACUACUCCAGGCCUGUGUGUGGCGCUGUGACGCCACCGCAGAAAUACACCAAAGCAGAGAAGAAAGUGUCGUUCGGUUAAGUGGGCUACAACGUCAAAAAACAACUCAUUUAACAUGGUUAUUGCUGCACUAAAGGAUAAUUUUCGCACAUAAAAUGUUGCAUUAAAGCCAGUUCACAAACCAGAAACAAUAAAAAAAAAAACCUGUAUGUUUUUUAUGGUUGCAUGUAGACGGCACCAAAAACAGGUAACAUUAGCAACGAUUAACUAGCUAGCUCAAAUCAUCCGUUCGAUUUAAACUUUAGCUAGCUUACUGUCUACCGGCCGUUAAUCGUGAGGGCCACUUCACAUUAAUUUAAUUUAACUGUUACAACAUUGAUCUUACAGGACAAAUUGAAAAAUGUCAGCUAAUAAACGAUUUGGCUAAAUAACUACUAUUCCUGAUCACUUCUUGACUAUUUAAUGAUACGAUCAAUUAGUCGAAUAAAUCUUAACGUACAUUUUACAAAUUUACAGCAGAAUGAAUGCCACAACUUUAAAAGUUUUCAUUGGGAACAUGAAGGAUGUUAAGAGCUGCUAAUGUUCUGUUAAGGUUGAAUAUUGUCUCUGUAAAAAGUCACAUUUUGUAAGAUAUAACUUUCUUAUUUAAGUCUGCAGUGUUGCAAUGUUUGAACAAUUUUUUCUCCAUUUUGUGAGUUUUUGCACAUUUGUCAUAAAUACUGAGAGCAUGGAUAAAAUAGCACUGACGCUGACAGAGCUAAAUCACAUUGUGAGUUAUCUGUACUGUGAGAUUUUGAGAGAACGUGAAACAACUCUUAAUUUGUAAUUUAUUUAUAUGUUUAUGCACAUUGAAAAAAAUGCAUUUUCUAGGCAGAAUCCAAUGCUGUAAUCACUGUUUAUAUAGAAAUAUGAGUUUUUUGCGUGGUUUGCUGAUUUUACUUGACUUCAGAUAUAUCUGUUUAUGUUUUAUAGGCAUUGUGGGAACACCAAAACAAAAACACUGCUGACUAUUGCUAAUGCAAACUAUAAUAAGCUAAAUUGCUGGUAAGGUGAGCAGCUUCCCCUGGUUGGUUUUGCUUUAGGUUAGUUUCAACGCCAUGACGGGUUUAUAGAAAACUUCUGAGUCAAACUGACUCAAAGCAGGUCGAUUCAUCUCACCUUACCAGCUGAUGAUUUUUAUUUCUUGUUUAAAUAACAAUGAUAAAAAACAAGGUUGUUGGACUAAUAUGUGGAUGGUGAUGUAUGUAUGUGCAUUUUGCAUUAACUUGUAUGAACUUACAGCUCCAAAUACACAAUGCAACUGCAAAGUUGUGAAAUAAAAUAAAGAAGACUUUGACAUUUACUUAAAUG